GAAGAUGAUCAGUACGUAAUGUUGAAAAGUCAAAGUUAAACCAGGUUGUCUUCUUCUUCUGGUGAAUCUGGUCAUAGGAAAAUCACCAGAACCAUAGAUUCCAAUUUAUCAUUUUCCAGACAUUCCCCUCAAGGCCUCAAAUACAAAUUCUCCUCUCACUUCCAUCAUUUCUCAAUUCUCAUACAGCUAUAGCUGUAAGACUAUUCAUUCCUCUCUCUAUCUCUCUUAAACUGUCUCUUCCCUCUUAUUCUACUCAAAACUUAGAAGGAUGCUUGGGAAGAAGAUGGAGUCAGUUAAGAAGCUGGCAAAGAAGGUGAAGGUGAUCGGCGGCAGCGGCCGUGAAUCGUCGCAUUAUGAAUGCUUGCUUAGUGAUUCAGAAGACUCUAUCUCGGCCACAACUCCAAACGGGUUCUUGGCGAUUUAUGUAGGAGAGGAGCGACAGAGGUUCGUGGUGCCUACAGGCUUCCUCUCGCAUCCUCUCUUCAAGAUGUUGCUGGAGAAGGCCUAUAAUGAGUUUGGGUUUGAGCAGAGGAAUGGGUUGGUGGUUCCAUGUACCGUCUCUACUUUCCAGGAGGUAAUGAAUGUGGCUGAGUGUUGUCAUGGGCAGUUUAAUCUUGGGAACUUGGUUGAGGAGUUCAUAUAGUUUUGCUUCUGUGCGUGUGAGAGGGAGAGGAAGCAAUUUUGAUCCUUUGUAAGUAUUCACGUGUUAUAAUCUGUCAUGUGAGUUUAUGAUCCCAUGCAGUGUUUUGCAACCACUAUACAUCAUGUAAUAUAACUCAAGAAGAAAUUUCCACAGAAUGGCAAAUUCAAAAGAAACCUUAAUUUUUUU